AUGUCGCCCGGCAUUCCUCGGUCGCAACGUCCUGCUCACUGUCUUGAAGAAUCCAACUCCACCGCGAGCCUAUUCCUAGGCGGCGUGCGGAGGGAUUGGAUGGCCUCAGUGGGGGAGACAUCAUAUCCACCGCGCGAACCACCAGCGGCCAAGCGCCCUUCAAAAGCGACAACUUCUCAUCAUGGGCCAGACCCUUCAAAACUCCCGCAAGAAGGUCGUCGACUGGCUUCUGGAGAGAUGGCCUUGCGGUCACCUGUGACGCCAGGAACCGAUUUGUCAACUACAACCGGCUCUCCACGUCCGCUCUCAUUGAGCACUGCCAGCAAACAACUCGCGACCUCGACAGCAAUCGCGCUGCCUUCGCCAGUGCCUAGUCCUGGACCUCAUCCAACCCCGAAUCGGCCUCCACAUUCACCUCCGCCGCCGCCGCCGCAUUCUCCAUCCCACGAAAAACCUGACACAGUCAUCUCUCCACCCGUGUCAGUGACCGAUCGGGCACCACCGGUGACAGUAAACGCACCCUGGGCAACGUCGGUGAAACCCACGCUCCCACGCGAUAAAGAGACGAGUGUCAAUCGAACAGUCUCGCAACAACCCACUCAGUCGCAAGCUCAGGUGCAAGUCUCCUCGCGACUCUCUCCGGAACAGACGGCGGAGACAGAGGCACCAGAAGCGAGAGCCCGAUCGGAUUUGGUUCGGGUCAGUCACAGCCUUCAUCCACAGCAGAUAGGUCAGCCAGCCGAUGGCCAGGCUAUAAAUGUUCCAUCGCCGCAGAAUUCACACAACCGCCCAUCCGCGACACCACCGUCGUCAGUAGCAAGCCAUGAGAACAGGCCGACAAUACAACAGACCGUCCCCCACAGGCCUUGCCAGUCCUCAACCACGACAAUGUUUACAGAACAGGACUGGGCUCUAUGGGCUGAAAGAGCGCACCAGUUGAUGAAGGCGGCUGCGUCCUGCUCGUCGAAUAUCGGAAGUCCCCGAGCUUUACUCCUCGUGAAAGCCUGUAAAAAGCACGAUCUUUUCUACCUUGUGCUUCAUCAGUUAUUCUGUGAAGCCUACCGGGACCCACUGAAUUUCUGGUCCAGGUUCCCCAGCCUCAACAAUGAAGGAUCCAUAUCUGGGUUCCGCAGACUGGCGGAGUUGCUUGCGCACAACUCUUCGUUACCCAUCACACUGAUGGAUGCCUUUAGCGCUUAUCCUCUCAACAUUGCUGAAAUGGUUCGAUCGCCGUGGUUUCCUGCCAUCUUUCAAGAGAUUCAGGCUUGUCUUUCGAAGUUAGGGACUCAAGCCUCAAGCGAAUGGACUCGCCAUCUUUAUCGACGCGGAUAUCCUCCACUUGUCACGGAAUUAAGACAACAGUAUUGUACAGGUUCUCCAACCUUGCUGAACGUGAUCUUCACAUCUAUGUGUCGGUGUCUAUACGAGUCAAAACAUAUAGAUUACCUGGAGCGCGUAUUUAACAAAAAUCAGUCUCUUGUUGAUUGCAAUGCCCCUGAAAGAAUUAUUCAAGCAUUAACCCAGAACUAUCGCAUGGUUCCCAUGAAGUUGUCGCUAUUUCCUGAAUCGACGGGGCCUCACACGUCAAACAAUCAGAUCCAGAGUCCCGUUCAGCAGUACCAGAAUGGAGUAACAGCAGGAGGACCAGAGUCGAUCCCACAGCCCGACACCUCGAGUCCCUCGACUGCUUCGGGACCCGCUCUGCGGCCAAAUGCCCAUCAAGUGCCCGCCAACCCUUCGACGCCCGUUCAAAUCCCCAGCGCUCAUCCCGCACUUCAGAACCUGCCAUCAUCCCCUCAGAUCUGGGACGGGUCAGCUCAAGUAAUCUCUCCACAGGGGUCGUGGCAGGCUAUGCCACCAAGUCACGCUCAGUUUCACGUUCAAUCGCCUUUGGCGUCGCCCGUGAUUCCGGGCCAAGGACAGGUGACAAACGUCCACAGGGGACCGAUCCACAGAAUACGCACAGCAGCGGCGUCUCAUGCAGCAGGCCAAGUGCCAGCAAAUUGCCUCACUCCCCAAUCGUCACCAUCACUCCCCCCAAACGCUCAGGCUCUGCCCCCUUGGAUGGAUCAUACCGCCCAAUCUCAACCGCCGCACCCUACUCAGAAUCCACAAGCAUCACGGCCGCUGCAACCUCGCCCACGGCAGGCUCAUCCUGGGCAGGCUCAUUUCAACGACUGGGUAGGACAUGGCAACGCCACACUUCGACCGACUACAAACAUCAAUACCGCCCGACUCGUAGCGAUGAAUCAAUCAGCUCACUCGAGUAAUCGACACCCCUCAUCCAUGCGGCCUGUUCCCGUCUCGUCGUCAGGAAUACAGACAUCUCAAGCCCGACCUGGUCAAUUUCGAGGGGCACCCGUCAUAUCACCUCUGCUGCCUCCCGAGGGAUACAGAGCUCCUUUGACAGUACGGCCCCAGCCCAUGCGGCUAAGUCUUCACCAAGCUGAUCUUCGCGACCCCGUGAAACAGCUCGUCAAGAACACGCCGGAGGGCAUAAAGGAGAUUCCCCUGUACCAGUAUCUUCGGGAUUUCAUGGUGAAACCAACAAAGGUUGGCCCUGAGAUGUUCCACUGUCGAUGGAAAUUUUCUCUCUCCGUGAGUGACCACCAGCGGAUCUCCCGUGUCAUGAAAACAGACAACGGGCAACGAUCCACGCAAGUCUGUCAGUCGGAGAACCUCAUUUAUCGCCUGCGGAUCAUAUCAGUGCCCAACUCGUCAACAGAGAACGUCGAGACGACCUGGUCCACAGUAAGCACUACUUGGCCUAGUGUGUUGUACAUCUUCGUCAAUCAAGAGGAGAUGCACGUGCGGCGGAAAGUGCACAAUGGCAAAGACCUCCCCUUGGACAUCAGUAGUCAUCUUGUUGCAGGCGAGAAUGAGAUCAACAUGCAUUUCCUCCUAGGCCCAGGAGAGUGCAAAUACAUGCACUACGAGGCGGCCGUCGAGAUCAUGGAACUUCGCGAGCAUGACGGUAUUCUUGGCCAAACCCGUCAUUGGGCGGCAAGCGCAACCCGUGCUGCCAUCAACAAACGUCUGACUCCAAGUACCGAUGACGACGAGCUGGCGGUCGUGACUGACAGUCUGACGAUUCCUCUGAUUGAUCCGUUCAUGGCCCAGGUGUUCAAGAUUCCUGCGCGCUCUGUGAAUUGCACUCACAUCGAAUGCUUCGACCUGGAGACUUUCGUCACCACUCGCAAGUCCAUAUCCGGUACCCAACCACUGAAUGACAACUGGCUUUGUCCAGUGUGCAAAGCUGAUGCGCGUCCUCAAAUGCUCAUAAUUGACGGAUACUUCGUCGAGAUUCGAGACGCGUUGGAAAAAUCCGGCAAAUUAGCACACGCCCAAUCGAUUCAGGUCCGAGCUGAUGGGACAUGGACAGUCAAAACCGUCAAUGAUGACGCCAUAUCCUCAAGCCCUCCUCCAAACAAACGGCUGUCCCAAUCUGCAUCCUCGACGAAGCGCAAAGCUGAUGAGAUGGCAGGCAAGCAAGACCAGGGCCCUCGCUCUAAACAAAAUACCCCGAUCACCGGCGCGACCCACAGCGCGGACAUCAUUGAGAUCGAUUGA